AUGUGUGGAGACGAUCCUUUUAUUUUGAACGGUGAUAAUAGACCGGGUAUUUCAUUUUAUUUAACCAGCAAUAGUAAAUAUAAAGCCAAUUUAAACUGUACUGUGAAAUUUCGUACAGCUCAACCAAGUCAACGGUUGAUUGUAACAAUAGAAAGAAUGAAUAUUCUUGAUUGUCCAGGUGAUUUAUUGAAAAUCUAUGAUGGCAAAAAAAUAGUUAAUGCAAAUCUUGAACGUCAAUGUGGUUCGAGUGCAUCUUUCACUUUUACAAGUUCAACAACGCAAGUGACAAUGAUAUUUACAAGUAAUACAGAAAGGGAAUCAUCUGGAUUUAAAAUUGCUAUUGCCCUUCAUUUUCCAAUGAUAGCUCAUUGUCCUCAAAAUCUUGGCUUUUAUCUUUGUAAAAAUAAGAAUUGUAUUUCAAAAAAACUUGAAUGUAACGGAGGCGAUCAUUGUGGUGAUGGAACCGAUGAAAUUCAAUGCGGCUUUCUUUCGGGUUAA